AUGACAGAAACUAGGAUAGAGCCGCCGAUUUCUUCAGUGCAAAUAUCAGAUAAUAAGCCUAAGGAAGCGCAUAUACCCGAGUCAAACCCUCUGAGAAAGGGCGCAAAGUCAAUCGGGGGGAAACCACUCAGCGCCAUCAAAAAGCUUGACGGAUUCAUCGGUCAUUUGAAUCGCCUUUUACACACCCGCGACAAUCAUGAUUCCCUCAUACUCUUUUUAGCUUAUGCGGCACACUUUAUUGCGACAGCGUUGGAAACCCCAAUUCCGAGAAGACUUCAGAAUCUGGCAGCGUUGGUCCGCAAACUGAUUUCUAGCAACACUCCUUCGAGCUUAUCAUCAAUAUUGUCAGCUUACAGGCUUCGGUCAUUGAUAGCAGCAAUUCCUACAUGCAAGUCAAUUCUUGCCGAGCGGUUCAGGGCAUUAUCAGAUAUUCUGGACGACUGGCAGGUCAUCACCCGGUUAUGGGGGAUGUUUGCGAUGUGGGGUGAGGCAAAAGACUUCAUCAUCAAUUUGAGAUCCCCAGGAACCGCGAGCAAGGACAACGAUGAGAAUUUAUGGGACUCCGUCGGGAAAAAGAUGAUAAGGGCGACGUAUAUUGUUGGGCUUCUGGGUUACUAUGGCGCGGAAAACCUGGCUUGGUUGAACAAACGUGGCGUGUUCAAAUGGACGGACAAGAUAGAAUCGAAACUCGGCAUGUGGUCUCUCAGAGGCUGGGGCGUCUUUGUCUUCGCUGAGAUGGCCCAAUUACUGCAUGAGCGCUCAAUGAGAAUGCGUGCUGGGAAAGAACAAGACAAAGACGAGAGAAUGGCAUGGAGAAGGAAGUUUGUUCAGGUCGUGCUGUGGGGUCCGUUGACGAUGCACUGGACGAGUGAGGAGGGAUUAUUCCCGGAGGUUAUUGCGUCGUUUUUCUCAGCUUAUGUGGAGUUCAUCACGGUUCGGGGUCUAUGGGAGGACACUGCGUGA